CCCCCUGGCGGGUGGCGGACCCGUUUCAGUGCGCGCUCCGGUACCGGGCAGGCUCAGUGCUGCCGGCCCGGCCCGGCCCUGCGCCGCCCCCAGGUACUGGCAAGCUGGGGCGGGCUGGGGGGUGGCGGCGAAGGAGGAGAAGAAGGAGGGCGACGAGUCGGAGCCCGGCUCGUGGCUCCUUCGGGGCUGCGCCGUUGGUUAGCAAAGCCGCAUGGGACCGUCCGGGGCCCCUUCAUCCGGUACCGGGAGUCGGCCCGGCACCCCCUCCCCGCCACCGGGGAACGCGGGCCUGAGGGUGUCCCGGGGGUCUGGGUCACCGCCGCGCCUCAGCGGGUCCCUCUGACAGCGCCGCAUCACCUGAAUCCUUUGCCCCUUUCCGCUCUUUCCUCCCCAGGUGAGCUGAGAGGGGAAGGGGCUUGGGGGGCGACUGGACCAGCGUCCCUCCCCCACUCCUCCCCUGCCAGCCGCUCGCCCCAUGUCGGGCGUUGGCGAGCGCCGGUGCGGCCCUCGUAGCCUGAGAGGCAGCCCGGGCCCCGGCCGCAAGGUCCCGGCCCUCGCUCCGCAGCCUUUCCGGAGGACGCACCGCGCUCCCACUGCCCCCGAGCUCCGCGCCGGUGAUACCCCCGGGAGUGCUGCAGCCCCCCCGCACUACAGCCGCCCCAGAAGAUGGAAGAGAAAAAAAUGCUGUACGAGUGCUCUGAAGUGGAGAACCUUACCAGUUCCAGAGUGGAGAGUUCUGAAGGUGAUUUGAAGAUGUUUUGGACACAACUGGGAGGUAGAAGAGUGGAUGCCAUAUUUGAGCAGGUGCAAAAUGUGCUCCUCUUGCUAAAGAAAAAGAUCAAGAAUGGAACUGCUACAAACCAAGAAUACUGGCAGGCCUGGACACUUGUGAAUGAAGCUAACCUAGGUGAUCUCUUAACCUUGACAAAUGUAAGUAAUGUAUUUGAUGGAGAUGACACACAGGAAACCAAGCCCAAACUGCAGCAUCUUCUUACAGAUGACAACGCUGCAAACACUGUAGAAGGUUCCUACAGCAAAAAGGAAGAGAUGGAAGAAAUGGGGCUGGGGAGUGAAGAAGCAUCCAGUCAAAUUCUCAAUUUGCCUUUAAACCUGCAGUAUCAGCACCACAAGUGUUCUAGUGCCUGUCUUGCCAACAGAGCAGUGGGCUCCUACAAGGGUGAAAAUCCUCUUAAGAUACCAAUCCUGUUUCACUUCCAGAGACGCCAUGCAAAAGCAGACUGCCUUUCAAAAUCACUGGAUGUGAGUUACAAAGCUCCUUGUGGUCGAAGUCUGAGAAGCUUCCAAGAUGUGCAAAACUAUCUUUUUGAGACAGAGUGCAAUUUCUUAUUUGUUGAUCACUUCUCCUUCAACACAUACGUGCUGUUGGGCAGGAACACUGUAAAUCCUGAACCCCUUGUGUUUGAAUUUGAUAUUAGCAAUGGAGCUGAGUCUGUGCCCAUUUCCUUCUGUAAUGAUCUUGACCGUGCAAGGUUACCUUAUUUCAAAUACCGGACAGCAUCAUGGCCACGUGGAUAUUACCUUAACAAUUUCUCCAGCAUCUUUGUUGAUUCAUGUGACUGCACAGACGGGUGCAUUGAUAGGUCAAAAUGUGCAUGUCUACAGCUAACUGCAAGAGGUUGUAGCAGAAUUUCUCAAUCUACAAAUACUAAAAUAUCCCAUGGAUACAGUUACAAAAGACUGGAGGGACCUGUUCCCACAGGAAUUUAUGAGUGUAGUGUGUUGUGCAGGUGUGACAAGAUGAUGUGUCAGAACAGAGUUGUACAGCAUGGCAUUCAAGUUAGGUUGCAAGUGUUCAACACGGAGAAGAAAGGCUGGGGCGUCCGCUGCCUAGAUGAUAUCGACAAGGGGACGUUUGUUUGUACUUAUUCAGGCAGAUUAAUGAGCAGAGCUGAAGCUCAGGUAUUGGGAGAUGCUUGUCAAGAGCUAAAAGAGAAGAGUGCUGGUAAUAAUGGAGUCCAUGGGGUUCUUUCCAAAAAAAGAAAACUUGACACCAAGUAUUCGGGCUCUGUGAUUGAAGUAGUGCGGACUGGCAAAAAUGGCGUUCUUGAGAAGCAGGGAUCUUUGUCUCAGAUUGCAGAUAACCAAAAUAAAACAAUUCUAGUUCAUCCGAGGAAUUUAAGUAUUGCAACAGUGAGAAGGCCUGGAACUGGAACAGUCGUUUUUCAUACUCAGCAGCUAAAAAGGGGAGUUGACAGUGCCAGCUCAGAUGAAGAGAAUAGUUCUCAGAUUCAUCAGUCAAGCAAAACAAAGCUAACCAGUGGACCAAAAGAAGAAAAAGAAAUAUCUGCUCAGCAGCAUGAGGAAGAACACUCAAUGGAAGUUGAUCUUUCUGAUGUGGACAGUGCAGAAUGCAAGAACAAGAGUCUGUCUCUGGAUGGUGUUGAUGGUGGCAAGUCAGGUGUGCUGGGUGACACGUGUGUUUUGAGGCCAUCCAAAAAGGUACCACUAAAAGCUGACUGCAAAGAGGAAAACAACAGGCAUUCAAAACAGGAUGCAUUUUGUGAGGAGGCCAGUGGUGACAGGACACUUCUGAAUUGUGGUAAUGAAGAAAAUAUCUAUGUACUGGAUGCUACAAAAGAAGGAAAUGUGGGUCGUUUUCUUAAUCACAGCUGCUGCCCAAAUCUCUUUGCACAGAGCGUGUUUGUGGAGACUCACAACAGAAGUUUCCCAUGGGUGGCAUUCUUCACAAACAGGCUCGUGAAAGCUGGAACAGAACUCACGUGGGAUUAUGGUUAUGAAGCUGGAAGCAUGCCAGAGACAGAGAUUUCCUGUGAGUGUGGAGUUCAGAAGUGCAGGAAAAACCUCAGCCAAUCGGCGCUGAGGAAGGGGGAGCGCCAGGCGGAGCCCGCGCUGGGCACGCCCACUUCCUCGCGGGAGGGUGUUGAGGGGGAAGGGGCGGCGGGGAGCGGCAGUCGGGGCGGUGCGGGGCGUGAGGACGGGGCGUGGAUGGAUGGAUGGUUCCCGGCGCCCCGCGGCCUGAGCAGGGCCUAUGUAUCUACAUCGAUUCAAGGAGUUUGUGCUGUCAGAGGUGACGAAUCCAGCAAAGGGCAGUUUGGAGAAUCACAUUUUCCUGCUUUAGGUGUUUUCUGGAUAAUGGCGAAGAUGGUGAGAAGAACGUGUGCCUUUUGCCCAGAAGGGGAGGCUGGGUCUGUCAUGUAUAUUGCCAAGGAGAGAAAUAUUGCUGCUCAUCAGCAUUGUCUGUUAUUUUCCUCAGGAUUUGUGGAAUCUGAAGAGUAUAACCCAGAUAAUCUGGAUAUUAGGUUUGAUGUGGCAUCUGUGUUGAAAGAACUCAAGAGAGGAAAGCGGCUGGUGUGCAACUUCUGCCGCAAGAAAGGAGCCACUGUGGGCUGUGAGGAAAGGGCCUGCCGCAGGAGCUACCACUACUUCUGUGCACUCUGUGAUGAUGCAGCAAUAGAAACAGAUGAAGUAAAUGGAGUCUACCGAGUGUUCUGCACAAAACAUGACCCAGGCAAUAGGACCAAUCACUAUGAUAGAGCUAAUAAGAGGAGAAGACAUGCACUGAAAUCUUCCACCAUCACACAACAAAUGAGCACAGAAGAGGCAACAGAAGAAAACAGUUUAGAGAUACUAAAAAGAAAAAACAACAGGCAUAAAGUCCGAAUAGACUUCCUUAGGAAAUGCAAGCAAGCUGGGCUUCUGGAUGACAUAUUUGAAGAGAUGCUGGACACACUUCACUUGGCACAGGAAAAACUGAUGGAUGACAACACUUCAGAAACAGAGUAUGAAGAGACAGUGAUCUCACUCUUUGACUGUGGACUGUUUGAAAAUAUACUGACAAAUACUCACUCAGGAACAGAGGAAAAACUCCAGGAACUUCUGGAAAGCAGGAAAAAACUGGAUAACAAAAUAGAGCUACUUCAGGACUUGAAAGAAGUUGUCCUUCCUACUGAAGAGAACACUGCUAGUACUUCUAGUACAAUGUCUGAAUAACCCUUCUGUCUGUCUGUAAUGGUGUCAAUAUUUAGGAUUUUUUUAAUGAUAGAAAACAUAAAGCACAUCCAGUCAGCUUCUAAGUAAUUCCCACCCCCUGUCCUGCCCCCCCAAGGCAGGGACACAAGCAAGAACUGGGUGUUUACUUGUUUUUAUACCUCACUGUUGCAAUAAUAUUAAGUUGUCCCUUAAAUUUUGCCGUGGAUCAAUGAGUGUUACAGACCACACUUGGCUUUUUUAAAGCUCAACACAACGCUCCAAUGAAGACUUUUCUCAAAGACAAGGGAGCAUCAGCUGCCA